CACGGAGCUGGCUGGCCGCGGAGGAGGCGACGUCAUGGAUUCCUGAGUGUGAAGUUUGCAGGAAAGCCCUUAGUUUUUGAGAUGGACGAGAUCCAGUGGUUUCCAUGGUGCUGGAUAAACAGGAGGAAACAGUGAGGGAAUCCCGUUAUUUUACUGCAUUGAAAGCCUAUAAACACGGAGCGCCGGGAAGGAAGUCGCGUUCCCUCUCGAGUAAGCCGAACGCUGAGCCGCGCCGACUCCGCUGCUCCGGGAGCCGGGAGCCGGGAGCGGGAGGCGCGCAGCUCCCGGGCCGCUCGCAGGCUCCUCGGCCAGGGCAGCCCCGCGAGCAUGCUUUAGAGGACGGCGCCCCCUUGGCUCCGGGUCGCCAAAAAUAGAGCCCCGGUCACACCGAGCGUCAAGCCCCAUCCCCUCCAGAUGCAGAGAGAGGCUGCGUUCAGGCUGGGGCAUUGCCACCCGCUCCGCAUCAUGGGGUCUGUGGACCAAGAAGAACCGAAUGCACAUAAGGUCGUCUGCCCACCCUCCGGACUUGCAUACUCUGAUGAUAUCCUGGACUAUGGCCCCCUCGCCAGUCUCUCUGGCGAGCCCCCCGGCCGGUUCGGAGAGCCGGAUAGGGUAGGGCCCCAGAACUUUCUGAGCCCGGCCAAGCCAGCGGGGGCCUCGGGCCUGAGCCCUCGGAUCGAGAUCACUCCAUCCCACGAACUGAUGCAGGCAGGGGGGCCCCUCCGCGUGAGAGACACUGGCCUCCUGGGGGAGCAAGCGCCCCUGGCAGGGAUGGCCGCCAGCCCGAGGUUCACCCUGCCCGUGCCCGGCUUCGAGGGCUACCGCGAGCCGCUUUGCUUGAGCCCCGCUAGCAGCGGUUCCUCUGCCAGCUUCAUUUCCGACACCUUCUCCCCCUGCACCUCGCCCUGCGUCUCGCCCAAUAACGGCGGCGGGCCGGACGACCUGUGUCCCCAGUUUCAAAACAUCCCUGCUCAUUAUUCCCCCAGAACCUCGCCAAUAAUGUCACCUCGAACCAGCCUCGCUGAGGACAGCUGCCUGGGCCGCCACUCGCCCGUGCCCCGUCCGGCCUCCCGCUCCUCGUCUCCUGGUGCCAAGCGGAGGCAUUCGUGCGCCGGGGCCUUGGUCGCCCCGCUGCCCGGAGCCUCACCCCAGCGCUCCCGCAGCCCCUCGCCGCAGCCCCCGGACGACGGCGCCCCCGCUGGGUAUCACCCCACGGCUGGCUCUGCCGUCCUCAUGGAUGCCCUGAACAGCCUCGCCGCGGAAUCUUGUGGGAUCCCCACCAAGAUGUGGAAGACCAGCCCUGACCCGUCGCCGGUGUCUGCGGCCCCGUCCAAGGGCGGCCUGCCCCGCCACAUGUACCCAGCCGUGGAGUUCCUGGGGCCCUGCGAGCAGGAGGAGAGGAGGAACUCGGCCCCGGAGUCCAUCUUGCUGGUGCCGCCCACUUGGCCCAAGCAGCUGGUGCCUGCUAUUCCCAUCUGCAGUAUCCCGGUGACUGCAUCUCUCCCUCCACUCGAGUGGCCACUCUCCCACCAGUCAGGCUCCUAUGAGCUGAGGAUUGAGGUGCAACCCAAGCCACACCACCGGGCCCACUAUGAGACAGAAGGCAGCCGAGGGGCUGUCAAAGCCCCAACCGGUGGCCACCCUGUGGUUCAGCUCCAUGGCUACAUGGAAAACAAGCCCUUGGGGCUUCAGAUCUUCAUUGGGACAGCCGACGAGCGGAUUCUUAAACCCCACGCCUUCUACCAGGUACACCGGAUCACGGGAAAAACGGUUACCACCACCAGCUAUGAGAAGAUCGUGGGCAACACCAAAGUCCUAGAAAUCCCACUGGAGCCAAAAAACAACAUGAGAGCAACCAUUGACUGUGCGGGAAUCCUGAAGCUUAGAAAUGCAGACAUUGAGCUGCGGAAAGGAGAGACGGAUAUCGGCAGGAAGAACACGCGAGUGAGGCUGGUUUUCCGGGUGCACAUUCCAGAGUCCAGUGGAAGAAUCGUGUCCUUGCAGACUGCAUCUAACCCCAUCGAGUGCUCCCAACGAUCCGCCCACGAGCUGCCCAUGGUGGAAAGACAAGAUGUCGACAGCUGCCUGGUCUACGGGGGCCAGCAGAUGAUUCUCACGGGACAGAACUUCACGGCCGAGUCCAAAGUCGUGUUCACAGAGAAGACCACAGAUGGGCAGCAAAUUUGGGAGAUGGAGGCCACGGUGGAUAAAGACAAGAGCCAGCCCAACAUGCUUUUUGUUGAGAUCCCUGAGUAUCGGAACAAACACAUCCGCACUUCGGUGAAGGUGAACUUCUAUGUCAUCAAUGGGAAAAGAAAACGAAGUCAGCCUCAGCACUUUACCUACCAUCCAGUCCCAGCCAUCAAGACGGAGCCCACCGAUGAAUAUGACCCCACCUUGAUGUGCAGCCCCAUCCCCGGGGGCCUGGGGAGCCAGCCUUACUACCCACAGCACCCUAUGGUGGCUGAGUCCCCUUCCUGCCUCGUGGCCACCAUGGCUCCCUGCCAGCAAUUCCGCUCAGGGCUCUCGUCCCCCGACGCCCGCUACCAGCAGCAGAACCCAGCGGCCGUCCUGUACCAGCGCAGCAAGAGCUUGAGCCCCAGCCUACUGGGCUACCAGCAGCCGGCCCUCAUGGCAGCGCCUCUGUCCCUCGCGGACGCGCACCGCUCGGUGCUGGUGCACGCAGGCUCCCAGGGCCAGAGCGCGGCCCUGCUCCACUCUUCCCCAGCCAACCAGCAGGCCUCGCCGGUGAUCCACUACUCGCCCACCAACCAGCAGCUGCGCUGCGGAAGCCACCAAGAAUUCCAGCACAUCAUGUACUGCGAGAAUUUCGCACCCGGCACCGCCAGGCCCGGCCCGCCCCCUGUCAAUCAAGGUCAGAGGCUGAGCCCGGGGUCCUACCCCACGGUCAUUCAGCAGCAGAAUGCCACAAGCCAAAGAGCCGCCAAAAACGGACCCCCGGUCAGUGACCAAAAGGAAGCAUUACCUACAGGAGUGACAAUUAAGCAAGAGCAGAACUUGGAUCAGACCUACUUGGAUGACGAGCUGAUAGACACACACCUUAGCUGGAUACAAAACAUAUUAUGAAACAGAAUGACUGUGAUCUUUGAUCCGAGAAAUCAAAGUUAAAGUUAAUGAAAUUAUCAGGAAGGAGUUUUCAGGACCUCCCGCCAGAAAUCAGACGUAGAAGAAGCCAUUAGCAAGACACCUUCCAUAUCUGACCCCUCGGAGCCUUCCACUGCCCCCACCUGUUUUCUUUACUGUACAUGUUCCGGCCCGGAGUCCACACGUGGGACAGUGUUCUGGCAGAAAGCUGACUCUCAGUGAAGCAGCUCGCCACCUCUCUCUGGAAACACCAGAGAGAACACUCUGCCUUUUGAUUUUUUUUUUUUGUUUUAAAUCCCAAAGAGCAUCUCGGUUGACUUGAAUGGUAUCCCAUCCAAACCUUAAGUGCCUGCUGACCAAAAAUGUAUUGUGAACAAGACAGCACGUUGGAACCACCUGAGAACAGAAUGACCGGAGCUCGGGCAUGGGCCGGGUGGGGGAUGGAGGACAUGGGGCCCUGUGAUUAAACCCCAGCACUUGCGUUCAUUUUUCCAGGUCCCCAAUACAGCUUCUAUACCUUCUGAAGGAAAGGAAUUCUCAAACAGAGCAAGCGAAGAGACAUGGCCCAAGAAUCCGGCUUACAGGCUGAAGAAACAGAGAGAGGCCAGACGGUCAUCCUUAGGAAUCACCUCUUCCAUGCCACAGUUGGGCCACAGCUAAAGCUUAGUUUGAAAUUCCCAUUCUGAAGCAAAACUGGCCUGUACAAGAUCACCUGCUCCAACUUCUUGGCGUUAAGUUACGACAUGUGUACACCUUUUCUUUUCCCUGCUUCUCACAGCUGGCCAAGGUGGCUAGAGGUGGAGCCACCUCAGCCAGCUUCUCCUCACCUACGGCACGUGGUCACGGACGGGAGAUAGGAACCCUGGCUGCAGAGUGAGCGCCCAUCCGCCGCAGCCUACAACCUAAUGGCUUUUUGACGUUCCUGCUUUCUUUUUUCCUAACAGCCAGAGUGCUUUUCUGUAAAGUAGUCAAGAAGAAUUUCAAGCAUGUGCAUUGAAUUUUGAGAAGGAAUGGUAGAAGGCCUAAAGAACCUCCCCCCACCCCAGAAAAAAAUUAUAGGCAUUUUUGUUAAGUAAAAUGGUUGUGAAAUGCGGCAAUUGGCAGGACUAAGUGUUUCUUUCAGUGGGUUCCCCCACGAUAGAAGAAAAGAGCUGAAUUCUCUCCUCUCUGGCCUAAACUCAAAGUAGGAUGCUCAAGCUCAGGAUUUGGCUUCACAGUUCAUUGGUUACUUUUGCCUGAACCCAUGUAAAACCUUGCUCGGCCCCCAAAGACCUGUCUGUAUCAGUUGCCUUGUUCAGCACAGGACGUAGCUGAAUAGCGGAGCAGGUCCACUCACGGGGACGCAUCCCUUAGAUCGAGUGACCAGUUGUAUGGUGUGUGUGGCUUCCCCCCAUUGUUUCUCUCCACUGAGCAAACCCAUAUCCUCCAGAAUUUUCCUCCAGCAAAAUCCUCAAUGUUCUUAGCAGGUGAGAGUUUAUCACAAAGAUGUGAUUUACUGCAGACACCCCAGGACAAGCUGGGGAUUCGUGUUCAGCCAUUCACUUGCUUCCCUAGUAGAAGUAAGUAUUCCUAGCACUCUUCAAAAGGCUGUGCUUCCAAGGAUUUCUCAAUCCAGUCUGCUAGGCAGAAGGCCUGAGAAGACAAUCCUGGCAAUCAAGUGCACGCUGUGGGUUUUCUAAGUCCUGGCUUUCUCCUCAAGGUCACCCAGAGGUGAAACCUUCCUGAGAGCUGGACCAGGAGCACAGGACUUGGUGACUAUGACCUCGUGUGUUUGGUGCCUCAGAUAGAGGACAGAGCACCCAGGUUGGGGCCUUAGCACCCACCUUUUGGUCAACACCUAACCUUUAUAAUAGUUUCCCCCCAGCAACAGGGGACCUCUCCUCCACCCACCCCAAGCACACAGUUUGGCAAAAUUCUUUUAAACAGAAUGCCAGUAAGAAGGUGACUGCUGCUGCAAAGCUUUGGGGAUGCAAAAUUCUUCCUAAUUACUAAAGAGUUCCUUAUCUAAGCAGCUUUACCUAAAGACCUUUCUCUCCAGCAAUACUGACUUCAUUGGGGAAGCGUUACAGUGCUCGGCGAGUGAUUUGUUCUCACUUGACCUGGCUCGGAGCCAUUUUUUGCACAUGAGGGAAUUUGGCCUUUCCUCAGUUAUCUGAAUGUUUUACCCAAGUGCCUUCCUGCUAUUGUAGUAAAGUCGCUCAGCUUCACUGAGCAUGGGGUGAAAAAGGACUAACGCAAUCGUCUAACCAUGUAAGUGAAAGGGGCCUCCCGAUAGUUCAAACUCCUGUAUGUAUGUAUGUAUAUACAUACAUAC